AUGAAUCCAAUUAACAGUACCUGGAAUAAUCAAACACGAAUAUAUUCAAAUAAAAUUAUUCCAUAUUGGAUUAAUAUGGCUACAAAAGGAGAACCAUUGAAACGAUGGCAAAAAUAUGAUCCAUCAACACCAAAAUAUUUACAAAUUACACCUUACCAUGAAUUUUCUGUUGAAUCAUGGAAUAAUGAUUGCACUAUUUUUGAUCAAAUUGAACAAGAUGACCUAUUUGAAAUAUUUGGUAAUAGUAGUUGA